UGUGCCGUUUGGGAAGCCGCGAACGCCCGGCCGAGGGGUGCCGGGGCGCGGGCGUCUGCGCUGCUGCCCGGGGAGCCGGCGCCGAGCCCGCGAUCGAAUAAUGCCCAGCGGCCCGCCCGGUCCCGGUAAUUUUCUGAUGUGACGGCUGAGACAUGAGAUCUUCGGCCUCCAGGCUCUCCAGUUUUUCGUCGAGAGAUUCACUAUGGAAUCGGAUGCCGGACCAGAUCUCCGUCUCCGAGUUCAUCGCCGAGACCACCGAGGACUACAACUCGCCCACCACGUCCAGCUUCACCACGCGGCUGCACAACUGCAGGAACACCGUCACGCUGCUGGAGGAGGCUCUAGACCAAGAUAGAACAGCCCUACAGAAAGUGAAGAAGUCUGUAAAAGCAAUAUACAAUUCUGGUCAAGAUCAUGUACAAAAUGAAGAAAACUAUGCACAAGUUCUUGAUAAGUUUGGGAGUAAUUUUUUAAGUCGAGACAACCCAGAUCUUGGCACCGCUUUUGUCAAGUUUUCCACACUUACAAAGGAACUGUCCACGCUGCUGAAAAAUCUGCUCCAGGGUCUGAGCCACAAUGUGAUCUUCACUUUGGAUUCCUUGUUAAAAGGUGACUUAAAGGGAGUCAAAGGAGAUCUCAAGAAGCCAUUUGACAAAGCUUGGAAAGACUAUGAAACAAAGUUUACAAAAAUUGAAAAGGAAAAAAGAGAGCAUGCCAAACAGCACGGGAUGAUCCGCACAGAGAUUACAGGGGCCGAGAUAGCAGAAGAAAUGGAGAAGGAAAGGCGCCUCUUCCAGCUCCAAAUGUGUGAAUAUCUCAUUAAAGUCAAUGAAAUCAAGACCAAAAAGGGUGUGGAUCUGCUGCAGAAUCUUAUAAAGUAUUAUCAUGCACAGUGCAAUUUCUUUCAAGACGGCUUGAAAACAGCUGAUAAAUUGAAACAGUACAUUGAAAAACUGGCUGCUGAUCUCUAUAAUAUAAAACAGACCCAGGAUGAAGAAAAGAAACAGCUAACUGCACUCCGAGACUUAAUAAAAUCCUCUCUUCAACUUGAUCAGAAAGAAUCUAGGAGAGAUUCCCAGAGCCGGCAAGGAGGGUACAGCAUGCACCAGCUUCAGGGCAACAAGGAGUAUGGCAGUGAGAAGAAGGGGUACCUGCUGAAGAAGAGUGAUGGGCUCCGGAAAGUAUGGCAGAGAAGGAAGUGCGCAGUCAAGAACGGAAUUCUGACCAUCUCCCAUGCCACAUCUAAUAGACAACCAGCUAAAUUGAACCUUCUCACCUGCCAAGUGAAACCAAAUGCCGAGGACAAGAAGUCUUUUGACCUGAUAUCACAUAAUAGGACAUAUCACUUUCAGGCAGAAGAUGAGCAGGAUUAUGUAGCAUGGAUCUCAGUAUUGACAAAUAGCAAAGAGGAGGCCCUCACCAUGGCCUUCCGUGGAGAGCAGAGCACAGGGGAGAACAGCUUGGAAGAUCUGACAAAAGCCAUUAUCGAGGAUGUCCAGCGGCUCCCUGGCAAUGAUGUCUGCUGCGAUUGUGGCUCGUCAGAACCCACCUGGCUUUCAACCAACUUGGGUAUUUUGACGUGUAUAGAAUGUUCCGGCAUCCAUAGGGAAAUGGGGGUUCAUAUUUCUCGCAUUCAGUCUUUGGAACUAGACAAACUAGGAACUUCUGAACUCUUGCUGGCCAAGAAUGUAGGAAACAAUAGUUUUAAUGAUAUUAUGGAAGCAAAUUUGCCCAGCCCCUCACCAAAACCCACCCCUUCAAGUGAUAUGACUGCACGGAAAGAAUAUAUCACUGCGAAGUAUGUAGAUCAUAAGUUUUCAAGGAAGAGCUGUUCAUCUUCAUCGGCUAAACUGAAUGAAUUGCUUGAAGCCAUCAGAUCCAGGGAUUUACUUGCACUAAUUCAAGUCUAUGCAGAGGGGGUAGAGCUAAUGGAACCACUGCUGGAACCUGGACAGGAGCUAGGGGAGACAGCCCUUCAUCUUGCAGUCCGAACUGCAGACCAGACAUCUCUCCAUUUGGUCGACUUCCUUGUGCAAAACUGUGGCAACCUGGAUAAGCAGACUGCCUUGGGAAAUACGGUUCUACACUACUGUAGUAUGUAUGGUAAACCUGAGUGUUUGAAGCUGCUUCUCAGGAGCAAGCCCACUGUGGAUAUCGUCAACCAGGCUGGAGAAACUGCCCUAGACAUAGCAAAGAGGCUGAAAGCUACCCAGUGUGAAGAUCUGCUUUCCCAGGCGAAAUCUGGCAAGUUCAAUCCACACGUUCACGUUGAAUACGAGUGGAAUCUUCGACAGGAGGAGAUGGAUGAAAGCGACGAUGAUCUGGAUGACAAACCGAGCCCAGUCAAGAAAGAGCGUUCGCCGAGACCUCAGAGCUUCUGCCACUCCUCCAGUAUCUCCCCCCAGGACAAGCUGGCACUGCCAGGAUUCAGCACUCCAAGGGACAAGCAGCGGCUCUCCUACGGAGCCUUCACCAACCAGAUCUUUGUUUCCACAAGCACAGACUUGCCCACAUCACCAACUGCAGAGGCACCCCCUCUGCCUCCUAGAAACGCCGGGAAAGAAUGUAAAAAGCUCUUUUGGAGCCUCUCUGGAUCAUCAGGUCCAGGUGGCCCACCCUCAACACUCCCUCUCGGCACCCAGACCUCCAGCGGCAGCUCCACCCUGUCCAAGAAGAGGCCUCCUCCCCCACCACCCGGGCACAAGAGAACCCUGUCCGACCCUCCCAGCCCACUACCUCAUGGGCCCCCACACAAAGGCACAGUUCCUUGGGGUAAUGACGUGGGUCCAUCCUCUUCAAGUAAGACAACAAACAAGUUUGAGGGAUUGUCUCAGCAAUCAAGCACCAGUUCUGCAAAGACUGCCCUUGGCCCAAGAGUUCUUCCUAAACUACCUCAGAAAGUGGCACUAAGGAAGACAGAAAUCAGCCAUCAUCUCUCCCUAGACAAAGCCAACAUCCCACCGGAAAUCUUUCCUAAAUCGUCACAGUUGGCAGAGUUACCACAGAAACCACCACCUGGAGAUCUGCCCCCAAAGCCCACAGAACUGGCAGCCAAGCCCCAAAUUGGAGAUUUGCCACCCAAGCCAGGGGAACUGCCCCCCAAGCCACAGUUGGGUGACCUGCCACCCAAACCCCAGCUCUCAGACUUGCCCCCCAAGCCACAGGUGAAGGACCUGCCCCCCAAACCACAGCUUGGAGACAUGCUGGCAAAAUCCCAGGCUGGAGAUGUCUCGCCCAAGGCUCAGCAGCCUCCAGAGCUCUCUCAGAAGUCACACCCUGUGGAUUUUUCCCCAAAUGUGCUCUCCAGAGACGCCACCCCAAAGCAAGCCUCAGAAGACUCCAACGACCUCACUCCCACCCUACCAGAGACGCCUGUGCCACUGCCCAGAAAAAUCAAUACGGGGAAAAGUAAAGUAAGACGAGUGAAGACCAUUUACGACUGCCAGGCAGACAAUGAUGACGAGCUCACGUUCAUCGAGGGGGAGGUGAUCGUUGUCACGGGGGAAGAGGACCAGGAGUGGUGGAUCGGGCACAUCGAAGGACAGCCUGAGAGGAAGGGGGUCUUUCCUGUGUCCUUUGUUCACAUCCUUUCCGACUAGCAGGAAGCAGAACCUUGCAACAGUCCACAUCCUUCAUGCCGACCGCUGCCUCCAUGUAACCCUGUGCACAGUGUGUAUAUAGCUGCUGUUACAGAUUAAGGAACUCAUGUAAGGGCCACCUCAGGAGGUGAAUAUAGUAUGUCUUGUAAAUAUCCUGUGGUAUUCUGCCUUCGCCAGUAUUAUGGUAGCCUUGGAACCCAGUGCGCCUUACUGGUUUGCCAAAGCCAUCCUUGGCAUCUAGCACUUACAUCUCUAUCUAUGCCAUUUUCAAGCAAACAAACUGAAACAGGAGCAUAUGAACUGCUGGCUUUGCAAAUGGAAGGGGUCUCCAGCAACUGUUAAAAGGCAUAGAAUUGACUGUUCCCAACAAUGCAGUAUUCUCAGUUGUGUUACUGAAAAUGCAACAUUAGCAAAGAGGUGAGUUCUGUUUUCCAGGUGAAACUUUUAGCUCCAUGACAGACCAGCCUGUAGUUAUCUGUGUACACAGUUUACAGCUAGAAAAACCUACUUUGGUAUUUAUUACAGAAAAGUGCUCAGAUAAAUGUAAGUGUUAUUCCUUCAGCAAAAUAUUCAUUGACCCAAACUCUUGGUGGCAUUUGGCAAAUGCACACAGCCUCAUGCAAGUUUCGAAAGUGGAUUUUUACUGUCUUAUGAUGAUGAGUGCCCUGAGAUAUUACCUCAUUAUGCAAAGAUAACAUAUCCUUCAUAACUAUUUUGACAAAAAGUUUAAAACGCCUGAUGAAGUUCAACUUUCAGGAACCAAGGACUGCCAGAAAAUAUUAGCCUCUACGUUAUGCAUGCAUUUAGAAGCUUACCUGAAAUCUGCCUUUUAUAAAGGAAUAGUAUGGAUGAGUUGAACUGUACAUUUUUUAAACUUGAUCAACAUUAAAGCAGAAAUUAUAAGGUUGCAACGAUACUUGUUUCUGGUCAGUCAUUUGGCUUUCUCUAUAGUCUGAACUUACGUAUCAUAUUACAAAUAAGCAUCCUUCAAGUGUGUUGAAACAUAUGAUGAGUCAAUUUUAAAUUAUUUUCUUGGUUUUGUUGUUGGAUAAAUUUUAACUUUUAAAAGGUCAUUCAAGAAGAUGACGAAUUUAAGAUUCAGCCCUUCACACUGUCUCCGCACUGUAGAACCCAGGUGCCAAAACCAACCUUUUUUUGCUCCCAUGAUCUUUAUUACAUCACAAUUGUAGAUAAAUUUUCCAUUCUUAAGCUCAUCCAAUAAACAUGUCACCUUUAAGUCAAUUCAUAACCAAGUUUUUGAACGCUGCUAUGGAUUGCACUGUGAAAAAAAAAUACUCUUUGCUGCAAUGAGUCUCUCCCUCUCGAUUUUCUUUUCACCCCAGCUGUGUCUGUCAGACCAUCCACAUCGUCAUGAAGAUCUCAGCCUUCUUACAUCUGCCUGAGUUUGGGAAAUGAAAACAGUCGCCUCGCUCCACAGUCACUGGGACUGUUCUCUGAUUCCCAGGCUCAUGCAUCCUUCUGGCAUUACAUUUGCUAAAACUGCUAUUUUGGCAACAGCACAGAAAAUGAAUAUUUUUGAGCAGAUAAUCUUGGCAGCAAGUAAGAAGUGUUCAUUUUACAGAAGCACAACUCCCAACCAAACCUUUGAGGAAAAGCCCUCUUUAGUAGAGUUGCAGUGCUCUGUGAAUAUUGAGUUCUGCAUGAGUGGUUAUGUUGAAAACUUUGAAUAACCACGUCACACGUAAACCUUGCAUGACAGACCUGCACAGUAUUUUACCAGCUGUUACUGGAAAGGGAUUUUAAGCAACUGCUGCCUCAGUGUCGUGACAAAUGUGAAUCCCCACACCAAGGUGACACACAGGCAUCAGCUGCCCCGCUGGUGGGCAGUGGAUGGGCUCGCAGCCACGCUGGUGUCAGGCUUGGGCCUGUGGUUUGUUUACACAUUACAAGUUACAUUAAAGAAUUUUUCGUUUUUGUGGCCUAGAGUGUUUUCAGCUGAUCUCAAAAUAAAGUGGUUUAAAA